GCAGUAGUUACCAAGAGCCUGCAAAUUCCUGGCCUCCCCCCAACCCCCUCCUGUAUUGUUCCCAUUGGCCUAAAAUGGGCAUGGGGCGUCCAGUGAUACUGACUUUAGAGGACAAAAACAUAAAGGGCUUCACAUGGGCCAUAGCCCCCGCCUUGACUGCUUUGGGCUACCUGCUCAUACUGCUGGUCACCAUCUUCCCCUUCUGGGUGCGCCUUGUGAAUGAGGAGUCCCGUGAAGUGUUUUACAGUGGCCUGUUUGAGAACUGCUUUCAUAUCAAGUGCUGGAAGCCUCGACCCUUAUCCAUUUACAUCAUCCUCGGCCGAGUUUUCCUGCUGUUUGCAGUCGUCUUGUCUUUCCUCACCACCCUCACCAUGGUGUCUUUUGCAUCUCAGCUCUUUCCAAGGACCUGGAAGCAAACUUUUUUAUCAGCCUCCAUCAGCUUCUUCACAGGGACUUGUGCUUUCCUGGCCUUGCUGCUGCAUGCCCUGGAGAUCCAGAGUCUGAGGAUGCAGCCCCGCCCGCCCCAGUUCUCUGUGCAGUGGCCUUACUAUGUCCUGGGCUUUGGUAUCCUUCUGUUCAUAGUGGCUGGUGUCAUCUGCCUCUUUCAAGAAGCCUGCCAUAGGUGCCAUUUAUUACGCAUUUCCCAGAGUAUCAAGGAGACUCAAGAGAGCCCACACCUGGAGAUUCUGGAGAGUUUUGGAGGAGGACUGAGCUCAAUGCAAAAGGAGACCCUGCUGAAGGAAGAGACAGUUAUCUAGUCCCGGAGAGUCUGUCCUCUAACCUUCAUCAAGCUGUGUGAGUGCACGUGUGUGGGUGGCACUCCCUUCUCUGCCAGUCUCUGCUACUUUUAAUAAGCUUCUUGUGUAUCAAAUGAAUGCUCCACUUCCCUAUACAGUGAUUCUAUUUUGAUCA